AUGUCGACCGUCCCACUAAAUGACCCGGACUGGGAUGCCUUGAUUUCCAUUUUGAAAGAGCGCGUUCCUGAUAGAUCAUUACCGAAACUACAGGUUCCGCUAAAUAUCCCACGACUGAUUGACCACACUCUCCUGUCCGAGUCUGCCAGACCAGAGCAAAUCGAUGCCCUCUGUGCGGAAGCCAAAGAGCACAACUUCGCUACAGUCUGCGUCCGACCAAACUAUGUCGCCCGCGCUGCCGCCAAUCUCAAGGACACCGACAUCGGAGUAGCCUGCGUGGUAGGCUUCCCGGAAGGCACACACGAUACCAAAGUGAAGGUACGGGAGGCGAUUGAGGCCGUCUCACAGGGAGCGACUGAGCUGGAUAUGGUCAUCAAUUAUCCUAAACUGAAAGAAGGAGGCUACACAGCUGUUUACAAUGACAUAAUGGCCGUACGCGGCGCGGCACCUUCACCGACGAAACUCAAGGCUAUUUUGGAGACGUCCCAGCUCAAUAGAGAUCAGCUUAUCGCCGCUUCUAUUGUUGCGUGCACGGCCAGGGUGGAUUUUAUCAAGACUAGUACUGGAUUCUGUGGGGGCGGAGCUGAUGUGCAGAGUGUUAAGGUGAUGCAUAUUGUGGCCGAGUUGUGCUUCAGUGGUUGCCUGGUUAAAGCCAGUGGAGGCAUUAAGAGUGCAGAGGACUGUUUGCGCAUGCUUAAGGCUGGUGCGAUGCGGAUCGGGACUAGUUCCGGAGUCAAAAUCAUGCAGGAGGUGGACGAAGGGGAGCUUUUGGAACAGGGAGCUAGCCAUGCGGUGUCCUAG